GUAUCUGUAGCGUGUUUGUGGUUGCGUUUCUGAACCAGUUUGCAAUGACCGGAUGAACUUGGUUGCAGCGAUGAGACGCGAUGAGAUUUGGAGGAGAAUUGUGUUGCUUGAUAUGAGGUGUGAUUGGUGAAAACACAAGGCCACCGGAGCUUCUGUGUGAUUUGUAGGGGCUGGGCGGACAGCUUGUCUUGAAGUGGUGACGGCGAUGGCGACGUCAAUGCUACUUCGGGCUGGCCCCGGACCUGUGAUGCAGAUGCCGGUAUCGCGAGCACAGGGAAACGAAAUGCACACUACGCUGCAAUCUCCAUCAAUCGGUGGAGCGCGAAGCAUUGCUGCUGGUCGGAGCGGUCAUGCCAUGUGCAGCAGGGAGAGAGCUCUACUCAAAAUUCGAGCUCAGAGUGGCACCCAGGAUGUGACGAAAGAGGCAUCAAGUGACACCUCGAAGCUAGAGGCGGGGAAGAAGAACAACAAUGUUGUGUUUGUGGCUGGAGCCACAGGCAAAGUUGGAUCAAGAACGGUCAGGGAGCUUCUCAAAUCCGGUGUUCAAGUGCGAGCAGGUGUUAGGGAUGUUUCUAGAGGGCAAGCUGUACUUAAGGCGACAGAUAAGAGUGAAAGUUUGGAGUUCGUGAAGUGUGAUCUGGAGAAUGACGCGAUCGAAAGCUGCUUGGGAGAUGCUGGGGUUGUUGUGUGCACAAUUGGUGCAAGUGAGAAGGAAAUCUCGGAUGUCACGGGUCCUUAUCGGAUCGACUACAAGGCCACUGAGAAUCUGAUCAAAGCUGCAACAAGUGCGAAAGUCAACCAUUUCAUAUUGGUUUCGUCCCUGGGUACAACAAAGUUUGGAUGGCCUGCUUCAAUCCUCAACUUGUUUUGGGGUGUUCUUAUUUGGAAAGCCAAAGCAGAAAAGGCUCUAGAGGAGAGCGGUUUGUCUUACACCAUAGUGAGGCCGGGAGGAAUGGAAAGGCCAACAGAUGCUUACAAGGAAACCCACAAUCUGAUCCUCGCUCCCAAGGACACCUAUUCUGGUGGUCAAGUGUCCUCUCUUCAGAUAGCAGAAUUGAUCGCCGCUUGCGUGAGCAACUUGGAUCUAGCUGGAAAUAAAGUUUUGGAAGCGAUAGCAGAAACCACUGCACCAUUGCGACCGCUUAAGGACCUCUUAGCUGAAGCACCUUCACGAAAGUGAACUCAAGGGAAAAUCCAGGCCAGAAACACACCCUUUAACCACGAUUGUUGAUAAAGGCAUGUUCAUUUUUAUGUUUUAGAAGACUGAAUGCAGAGAUGGUUGUGUAGCAGUUCUGGAAAGAGGAUGUGUUCUUUUCUCGCCAUUUGUUGGAUUCGUAACUGAUGUGAUGCAGCAUCCCAGUUGGUUUUAGAGCUCGUUCGAACAUGAUUCGAAUGUAUUGUACAUGUUGUGUUGCAGUAAGAUGGAGCAUAUUUGGUUGUCGGACUAUCGUGUCGGUGAAGAA